AUGUCUUAUGACAGGUAUGUGUCUAUAUGUAAACCACAAUACCCAACUAUUGGAAAACACCUUACUCUCCAUCCUUUUUUCCACGCCACAGCCGCCCACUGCAAUAUUGCAGUUCUAACAAUACUGAGCUCUGAAACAAAACUGUGUAACUUUAUUUUAAAAGGAAUAUUUUGUAACAAUGCAAUUUACAGACUUCAAUGUGUAUCAUCAGGAGUUAUCACUAUAUUUGGCAUUGUUAGUUCAUUAGAUCUUUCAGUUCUGCCUAUGCUCUUUAUAAUAUUUACAUACACAAAAAUACUUAUAAUAACCUAUAAGAGUUGUAAAGAAGUAAGGAAAAAAGCUGCGGAGACAUGUUUACCCCACCUUUUGGUUUUAAUCAGUUUUGCCUGUUUGAGUGUAUACGAUAUCACUGUAGCUCGAGUGGAAUCCAACUUCCCAAAAACUGCACGCUUAAUAAUGAUGUUGCAAAUAGUUUUGUAUCAUCCUCUAUUUAAUCCGAUAAUAUAUGGACUAAAAAUGAAAGAAAUCUCUAAACACCUGAAAAGGUUGUUCCGUCAAGUCAAACUGAUGUAA